AUGGAAGCAUCACCCCGAACUGGUUCUUCGGUACAAAAAAUGUCAGGUUCUUGCUUCUCUGUUGCUGCUAUAGCAUCUACUUCUUCUACUUCUUCACUCACUUGUGCUUCUGUGUCUGAUGGAGUUGAGGUUGUCCAAGAUGAUAACGAAGAAGAAGUUGCAUUGUCAGCCGAAGAAGAAGAGGAAAUUGAAGAAAAAGAAGAAGGUGUUGAGUUAGAAUCAGUUGAAGGUGGUAGAUUGUACGUGAUCACAAAUGGAAAAUACAAGCCAGAUGGGAACAUGGUGUCCAUAGCAUCUUUCUACAAUCCAGGGAGUGAUGCAGUCAUUUUUCCAGCACCAGAAUUGGCUGAGAAAGAAGAAAAAGAAAACAAACUAAAGUAUCCGAAAUUUGUGUUUGAGGACUAUAUGAAAUUAUAUGCAGCCCUUAAGUUCCAAGCUAAGGAACCAAGAUUUGAAGCAAUGAAUAAGGCAAUGGAAACAGCUGCCAACUUAGGUUCCAUAGCAAUUGCUUGA